UCGCUGACCCCCUGGGACACGUUGAGGACUCUUCGACUCGCAGGCCUUCGUUCCCUGGCGUCAGCCUCAGACUGGGAGUCCUGGUCUGACGGGUUGUGGUUCUCCACGUUGCUCAGGCCCACCCCCCGGUCAAAGGUGGUGUCAGCUGUUGGUGCUGCUGGUGCGGGAUCAGACUGGGACGGAAAACAGAUGCAUUGUCCCUCCUCCUACUUAGUCUUAUUUGUCAAACCUUAAGGGAUGACUCUGGUGUACUAAGACUUGAGUCCCAGUGUCCUACUUUCGUCCAUCUUUUCUGUCGCUCGUCAACUUAAGAGCCGAGGUCUGGGAAGUGAAGGUCCUCGCAGUCCACUUGGUUCCUGGUAAGAGACACCCGACCCGGGACCAGGCUCAGACCCCAAUUCAAGAUACGUUCAGUCCAGGCAGGUUUUACGGGGCGCACACGAAGGCCUCACCCCGUGAUCCACGCUGAUGUUUUAUUUUGAAAGCGGCAUUACGGAAGUCGCCCAUCGACACGCUGAAGGAGGAGACAACCGACUAACAACAAACAACGACGGUCGACCGCAGCAUCCGUCCGCGUCUCCCAGCCGGACGCCCGCUGCCCGGUCUAGACAGGGACCAGUUCACCGCGAGCAGCUCACCGCGGACGUCGUUCUCCUCCCGCGGACGCGCCGCGCUCGCCGAUGUCCAUCUGAUUUCACGUCUCGGCGAUCGUUGUCGUCGCGCGUCCGCUCAGGAUGACGAGUUACACGGCGUUUCAUACUCAGCUGACGUCCAUCAUGGAGGCUCUGGCCAAAGCGGCCGUGGCGGAGAUCUGCGAGCUGGUGGACGACAGCUACGCCGUGUUGCAGCUGGAGAUCAGCCGGAGCCACAAGGAGAACGAGGCGCUGAGGAGGAAGCUGGAGAUGAUCGAGACCAUCAUCGCCCGGGGACACCGGGGGAGCGCCGCGAUGUUGGAUUACGGCGGACCGGAGGCGGAGGCCGGCGGGGGGCUGGUGGACUUCGCAGUGGAACGUGUCUUGCCAACUGGAGCGGGCGCCAAGCAGCCGAAAGCCCCCGGCCUCAAAAGAAGCGGACGGGUCCCUGCUCUGGAGGCGGCGACAGAAGUGAACCCCGCCACCAAAGAGGAUACUGGGUCCGCAGCUGCCGAGGAGGCAAACGAUCGGGACGUGGUUUUGAUAAAGGAGGAAACGGCGAAAGAGGAUGCGAAUGACAACGAUGCCACGGAGGAGCUGCUUCUCCACGAGGAAGGGACGGAGGUGCAGCCGUCAGAAGCAGAUGACGGCGAGGAGGGACCCUCUGGGAUGAUGAUCUCCAUCUCAGCGGCCGACAUGAGGCUGUGGGACCAGAACGGUGACGGACUGUCAGAGCAGGUCGAGCAUCAAGAGUCCCGCAGCGCACCGGGGUCCCCGGGUCCCGCAGGGGCUGCUGAGAGGAACCCAAUGGAGGUCGUGUUUGAGUUGGCCUCAGAGUCCGACUGCGAAGCCCCUACGAGAAAGCCCUUCCUCCUCGGGUCUGGGGGCAGUCCAGCCUCCCUGUCUGGGACCUCCGAGCUGAAGCGGGGCGUGUCUCUGAUCAGCUCCAGCCCCUACGACACAGAGCUGGAUCUCUGCUCCUCGUGGACCAAUCAGGGCCUGCCGAGCAUGGUGCCCGCGCCUCGUCGGCCCUACCUGAAACCGGACCAUCGGCCGAUUCUCCUGGACAAAGUGUCCGACUUGAACGCUGCAGGUUUCCCCUUGGCGCUGGGCCUCGGCGGCUCCAGACUGGACGCUCUGGACCUGAACAGGUACUGCAGGGACAGGCGCUUCGUCUGCAGCUACUGCGGGAAAUGCUUCACGUCAUCGCGGAGCCUGGAGACGCACGUGCGCGUGCACACGGGGGAGCGGCCGUACAGCUGCGCCCAGUGCGGGAAGCGCUUCACGCAGUCAGGCCACCUGAAGACGCACCAGAGCGUCCACACCGGAGAGCGGCCGUUCGCGUGCGAGCACUGCGGGAAAAGGUUCGCCGGGAAGCAGAACCUGAGGAUCCAUCAGCAGAAACACCAUCCGGCCGAGCAGCCGGCCGCCCCCGUUUAACCCAGCUGGAAGGUCCAGACACGAACCCUGACGGCGCCGGACCUCCUGGUCUGGUCCGCUGACAUAUAUGCACUCGCGGUACCGUAAGGUCCUGAGGAAACCGCAAUGAGCUCUAGACUGUGAUAGACCAGAACCUUACUGCUGUUACCGGUACCGAACUUCUAAUUUAAAUAGAUCUUUCUUAAGCUGAAGGCUUUUUAAUGAGGUUUUAAAAGAAUGGGUGCUUUUACAUUGAAAAUGACUGUUUAAUAGUUUUGACCGUUUUCUUUUCAGGCCUUACUUGUUUUUAACUAUCUGCGCUGCCUUGGUACUGAAGCAAAAUGGGACUAAAACUUGAUCCAGAUCCAUUCUUACCUCACAAAGACGGUGGGCCGCUUUGAGUCCGCUUCAGUACUUAGGUUCCUGUAGCGAGCCCACACCUGGAAGAAGCAUGUGAAUGUUGACCGCUUGGUGUACAUCUGGAAUUAAACGCGUGCAAUCUUGGA